CCGAGGUAGGCUUGCCCAUUGCUAGCCUGUUAGCCGCGUUAGCUGUGUCUGGUAAUCCUGGCAGAGAGAGCCGUCUCUUGUCACCGUUUCGAUCCAAAUCACCCGAGGGAAAUACGCCACCAGCCAUGGAGAGGAUACAGCGCGUGUGGUCGUCUCUCGUAUCCCCUCAUAUCAUCGGCUUUCGGUUAGAUGUCAAUGUCAUAGUUUGUAGCUAGGGCUGCCCAGUUAGCUUAGCUAGCUAGUGUCUGGUUAACGCAGGGCCAAGGCCAAGGCCAAGCGAGAAAAGGGAGGCCGUCGGGCAUUUGCUCUGUAGGUGGACAGAGGAGGAGAGAAGAGGAGCAAGACGUCGGCUUUUGGAUCAGACCUCCUUAUUAAGUCGCCUCCACUAUCAACUUCGCCACCCUCAGCUGAGCCAUGUCUUCGUCAGGGUGCUGCCACCUACCUGGCUCCCUUUGUGAUUACUCUGGGAACGCCGAAUCUGAUGCCUCCAAGGAUUCGGAGGAGUCUGACUCUACUGCGCAGGCUCAGUACAUUGCCAAGGUUACGGCUAAAGAUGGCCGCCCACUCUCCACUGUUGUCAAAGCGGUGAGCUUGCAGAGUGAUGUGGGCAUGUGUCGGAUUUGUCAUGAGGGAGCUGGAGGGGAGACGCUGCUCUCACCCUGUGACUGUACUGGUACGCUGGGUAAAGUGCACAAGAGCUGCUUGGAGAAGUGGCUGUCUUCCUCCAACACCAGCUACUGUGAACUCUGUCACACAGAAUUCACUAUUGAACGACGACCACAACCACUCACACAGUGGCUGAAGGACCCAGGCCCUCGCAGUGAGAAGCGCACGCUGCUGUGUGACAUGGCCUGCUUCCUUCUCAUCACACCCCUGGCAGCCAUCUCUGGCUGGCUGUGUCUGAGGGGAGCCCAGGACCACCUGCAACUGAAGAGCAGACUUGAGGCCGUUGGCCUCAUCGCCCUCACCAUCGCUCUCUUCACUAUCUACAUCCUCUGGACACUGGUGUCAUUCCGGUAUCACUGUCAGUUGUACUCGGAGUGGAGGAGGACCAAUCAGAAAGUGCGCCUGCUCAUGCCUGACAUGAAAGGGGCGCACACCACCCAGCGUUCUGUGCCGACCAAGUCGACCAAGAAAAUGACUGACGAGACCAUCGUAUGAGUGCAGAGCGGUGGCAAGAGGAAUAUUUAAAUAUAACGCCCACUGAAGCACUCUCUAAAAACAAGAUUAAUCAUAUUAAUAAACUUUUGCACUUCAUAAGGACCAUUCUGAGAGGGGAGAGCUACUUUCCCCUCCUCUUUUGUUUUAUUGAAGCACUUGAUGUAAACUACUACGGUAUUGGCCGACCACAAAAGUGGUUUUUGGGAAGAACUCAUUCCGGAGUCAUAGUCGAUGUUGAACCACAGAGUUGUCACCGGACAGCCAGUGCUGGGAUUUGAACGACUGAACACAUGGAUGAUGGACUAACCAGCCCAACUGAACGUCCGUGACACAAACUUAUGAAAUACUAAGACACAAGCUAAUGUAGCAGGAUAUAACUGAUUCAGCAUGCUACUACAGUAUACUAUGAAACAUAUUCACUACCUAUAAUUCCCCCAUGCCCCUUCACAAUGUAUUUAGUCGUUUCUGAACAAUGGGCAGCCAAUAGCCCAGCAGAGGAUAAUAACCGAAAAACAUGAUUGACUAAGUCUAUCUGUGAAUAUUCUUUCUUGACAAGUAGAGUGACAGUCGCUCACACCAACGUUGAUAUUUACAAUCUGAACCCCUCUGAAGUUUCCUGGUGAAGCUUUAUCGUUGCUGUCUGAACAAUGAAAAUCAAAUUCCUGUUUAGACAACAGGUAAGGCGUCACAUAUGUACCACACUUGUCACGGGGUCAGUGAAGAUUGUAGAAUACAAAGCAACAUUGACUGAAGCCGUUAAACGGCAGCGCAGUAACACACAAGGCAACAGUAUUAAAGGUGUGGAAAAGUGUUUACAUUCUAAUUGGCUAAUGUCUCUACUAUUAUCAUAAAAGUGCAUUAGCAAACAGCCCUGCUCCACGUGUAAAUGCACCAUUCAUUGAUUGAGCUGCCUAGCAACGACCAGUAGUUACGUCCUACAUCACAAGAGAUGCAAAUAGAAGACAUACAGUGUUCAGAAUAGUGAGACUACAGACUUUUGUCCUAUAUGAAAACACAGAUGUACCAGAGCAGGCUGGUACUCCGUUAAGGUGCAAAAGCAAAAUGUGUUUUGAGAUGUCAAUCAGUGUACGCAGCAUAUGCUUUACAAAGUAUUCUGUGUUAUUGUAGUCUUCCUGCUGCAUCCCCCGGAAAGUUGGGUUAUUGUGCAAUAAAACACGAGGGACUCCUGGACUAAA